AGUAUCAGUGCACCUCCUCUCGCCCCACCGGCCGUCUGGAGCUCCACAAGACUCUGGAGCUCCACAGGAGCGCGUCUCCUCCUGCGCCUCCAACAUCUGGUUCACAGAGACACACAGCUGGAAGACAGUCUGGGAGCUCCUCUUUAUCAGCAAGGUGAGGAAGAGGAAGAGUAGGAGGAGGAGGAGGAGAGGAAGAGGAGGCAGACAGACAGACAGCAGCAGUAUCUUGGCGCAUUGGAGCUUAUGGAUUAUUGAGAAGUGGAGGCCGAAACGCGGAUCAAAUAUUCAUAAGGACUUUUUCAGGAGAAAACCCGGACAGAGCAGAGAUUCCCUGCAGUGAUUCACCUGCCGCUCCAGCUGACCGGAGAGCGGAGAACCGGCGCCGCCGCUGCUGCUGGAGGAGGAUUCCGCAUCUGAGAGUGUUUGGACAGGAGCCCCCGCUGCAGUACUUCUCCUGCUGCACGGGGACCGGGAUGCCACCGACCUGCUGACGGACACCCGGUAUCCGCACCCCCCCCCCCUCUGCUCUGCUCUCCUCCUCCCGGACGGACGGACGCACCGACCCCUGUCCCCACUAAUAUGCAAUGGUUUUUUGUGCAGAAGCCGACAGCUGCCGCGUACCGCCGACUUCACGCUAGCGCCGCCGCAUGCCUGUCCGCCGCUGCCGCUCCUCUCCCCGCGCCGCGCGGCAGACGACGCCAUUUGAAGAGGAGCGCUCCGGGGCUUUUGACGCCGCGGCGGCCGGGCGGCAGCAGCAGCAGCAGCGACCGAUCCUCCCCGGCUGAGGACCGCCGGCCGCUGGGGCAGCCGGAGCAGGCGGAGGACACCGAGGGGAGAAGCGCCGCUGCGGUCGCUCUUUUCCUGCCGCACGGGGACGACGUCGACGCGGAAUACGUGCGGUUGGUGGUCUCGGAGCUGGUGGGAGAAGCGGGCGAGAAACCGGGCGAGGAGCCGGGCUUCCUGCUCUUAUUCCUGUCUAUGGUGCAGAUUGGGGGGCAAGGCAAGCACCGCCGAACUGAGCCCAACAGCUGGCCGGCUCUGCUGGCAUGCAAACAGGGGGGCGUAGCAGCCCCCAUGCGGUGGGUGAAUUUUAGGCUGCCGCAUCCGGAGCGCCUCUCGUCCCCCACCUCCUCCUCCUCCUCUUGCUCCUCUUCCUCCUCCUCCCCCGUCUCGGCCAAAUCCAUGCGGUUUAUUUGGAACAACAUUUUCAGCAAAGGAUCGCAUAUGCUGCAGUGUCUUUGUGGCAGGAGCCUCAAGAAAAACAAGAACCCAACUGAACCACAGCUGAAGGGCAUAGUGACCAGGUUGUUCUGCAGACAGGGCUUCUAUCUCCAAAUGGGCCAGGAUGGAAGUCUGGACGGGACCAAAGACGACAGCACCAACUCCUCUCUGUUUAACUUAAUUCCUGUGGGUCUGAGAGUCGUGGCCAUCCAAUCAGUCAAGACUGGUCUCUACAUCGCCAUGAACGGAGAGGGUCACCUCUACUCCUCGGAACUGUUUACAGCAGAGUGUAAGUUUAAGGAGUCGGUGUUCGAGAACUACUAUGUGAUCUACAGCUCGAUGCUCUACAGACAGAAGGAGUCGGGUCGGGCCUGGUUCCUGGGCCUCAAUAAAGAGGGACAGGCCAUGAAGGGCAACAGGGUCAAAAAGACCAAACCAGCUGCACACUUCCUGCCUAAACCUAUAGAAGUUGCGAUGUACCGAGAGCCUUCGUUGCAUGACGUAGGAGAGGCGGUGCCUAAGCUCGCCGUGGGCCCGCCUUCCAAAAGCACAACCAGCGAACCGGUGGUCAUGAACGGCGGCAAACCAGUCAACAAACCCGACAAGGAGGAGACAUAACCCCACCCCCCUUUUUAACCUCCCCCUGGCUGGACAAGCCUCAGACUCGCCCCACUGCUGCGCUCUCAAACAACACAAACUGCAACUAAAAGGUAACAAAACAAACAGCUUCAGUUCUGACUGGUCAGCAGUGGGGCCGCGACAUCCCGCCUCUCCUCCCUCCCUAUUGGACAGAUCCGGCGUCGGGGAGGCCGCAGGGACCGAAAGAAGACGAUAAAGUCAGGUCAGUGCCGGCCAGAUAUUUUUGAACUGGGACAGUGGCGUGACCUCGCAUGGGAGACAAAAGGACUUCUUGAGAAUGUUAACGAACAAACAAAAAUCUGAAAAAAACAUCGUCCUCACCGGUAUUUUUCUGUGACAAUCUGUAAGACUGAGGCCCCACGUUUCCCUCCUGAUAGCACUGUUUUCUGUUCCCAGGUACGCUCGCUCGCCGGUGGCAACAGACACACAUGCACACCCACCCUCCCACCCCACCCAAAAUCGACCACUCGGAUGCGAUCUUAGAGUAAAUAAAGAGCAGAUUAAAAACAUCAGCAAACAUCGGGCGAGGAGAAUACUUUAAACACCAAACACCGAUGAUUCAGAGGAUGCUUAGUCAUCGAUCAAUUCACAUUUGGCACAGGAUGUUCUCUACUAAGCUGACAAUGAAAUGUAAAAGGUAAACACACCUAUAGAUCUUCCCUAAGUUUGAUCAUAUAUGUUUCAAAGAGAGAGUUCCUAUUUGAGACCACAUAGCUUAAAGCAUGUCUGACCUUUCAGUAUGACUUUAUUAUCUGUCUGUUACUUAUUAUUCUGCGCACACAAAGCACUAGUGAUUAUCGAGCUACGUUGUUGUACAGAUACAAACCUGAUUUUAGUUUCUGCUUCUGUUUUACUUUCCUGUCUCUUUGUCAUGGUUUCCACAUCACGGACACAAGUGUAGCUCAGGAGAGGAGGAGAUCAAUCGACAAACGAAGCGCUUUGGCAUCAAGUUGCUCGAAUCAGUGUGUAGCCGAGUGCCGAAACCACAACGAUUUCCACAGAUUCCCUGUUUGUAGCAACACGGAGAGUUAUAGGAGGCAUGGUAGCAGUCAGUGUUUACAUGGAGUAGCAGAUAUCGUCGAGUGAGGUUUAACACAGAUGGCGUUCCUUGUCAUGAGGAGCCCGGUAGGACUUUACUUCUGCUGCCUUCCCAAGUACUUAGGUAGGAAUGAGGGUAAGUGAACACAGGGUAAAUGAUGUCAAAGCCACUAUGAGUAAAAUCUGAUCCUCUAUUUGACUUUUUUGGAGGUUUUCAUUGGUCUGAUUAUCCCUCAGAAACCGAAAGCCCGUCUAAUUGGGUCGGAUAAUGAUGUUUCGCCGCAGGUCUCCAGCAGCAGUGGAAGCAUUCAGAUCGUCUAUGAAAUUAAAAGUACAAUAUCACACCGUAAUUUUCCAGAAAAAGUCUCAUAUUCGAAAGCACAAAGUACAAAAAGGUAUUAUUAACUAAAUAUAUGUUGUAAAAUAUAAGCGUCAAAAGCAACAAAGAUUGCCCCAGGGACUAAUUUGAGUUGUGCAGUGAUGCCCCACUCCCAGUGCUCCUGCCACAUUUGACCCUCCUGUUGUCUUCAUUUACGGGCACUAAAAAAUAUUGCUUCCUUGUCUGAAAAAAAUCAAAAAAUUCAGCAAAAAAAUUCCCCAAAUUUCGGAAAAUUUGCAAAACCUUCAGGAAGAAAAUUCUAAUAAUUCCUUAAAACUUUCCCUUAAAAUUUGUAUUUUUUAAAAAAAAUACCCCAAAUGUGGCAAGAAAAUUCUUGUAAAUAUUUUCAAAAAAUGAGUAAAAAUCUUCCAACUUUAAAACGGGUCAAUUUUGACCCGCAGGACGACACGAGGGUUAAAACGCUGAAUGGAAGUCUUAAUCCACUUGCAUAGACAGCACACUUCAGACUCUGUCAAACUGACCCAACGUUUAUGUUGAGGAUUAUCGUCAGUGAUGGGAGUUGUGACGACGGCUACGAAUAGUCUUCAGCGGUCUUAAAGAUUGAAGAAAGUCAGGAUGCUCACGGCUCUGUUUGGCAUUCACAUGGUUGUGCACCGGGAAUUCGUCCCCAAGGAUCGGGCUGUCAACACAGAGUUCCAGUGUAACGUCCUGAGGCGUCUAAGGACGAACAUUUGGUGCAAACAACCUGAACCGUGCCGUUGUGCCAAGACAUGCCCACUCACAACGUGUUGAAAAGGCACAGGAUUUUUUUGCAGCACCGACACAAUCGUAGCUUCCCACUCACACCAGAUCUGGAGCCGUGGAACUUCUUCCUCAAAGUUAAAUUCAAGUUCAGGGAUCACUUUUUUGACAGUGGAGGAGGUCCUGCGAUCGUCGCAAAUGGUGCUUUAAGACCACAAGUUCCAGAGAGCGUUACAAAUGUGGCAGGAGCACUUGAAGCAGUGUAUUGCUGCAUGGCUUAAAUUUAAAUCAGGUGGGUCAAUAUAUAAUUGAGGGACUCUUGAAGUCCAUGGGAUAUGUCUUGCAUACAUUUUUAUUAAAAGUUUAAAAAAACUAAUGUUUUUAUGUUCAUUAUGAUGAUGUCUUUACAAAUUCCAUAAUUAUUUAUUAUGGAAACAAUCACUGAUUAAUAAAAAAAAUGACUGGAUAUCACUAAAAUGUCAACUAUGAUACAAAAAGUCCAGCAAUUAUAUGUUAACCCGUCGAGAAUGACUUGAAAAUGAUCCAUAUAUAUGGAAAAUUAGUCCACAAUAACAUGAAAUUUGUCCUAAACGACUCGAAAAUUAUCCCAAGACACAAAAAUGAGCCAAAAUGACAGGAAAAGAUCCAAGCUGAUUUGAAAAUUGUCCAAAAAGUUCAAAAGUCCCACAAUUCUACACUGACCCAGGUACGGCUUUUACUCUUUCCAGACGCAGACUCUGAACUUCACGAUCACACCUUGUAUAUGCGUCUCUUUGACAUUUCUAAAGUGUUAACAGCAUCUCAAUGCUUCACUGUGCAGAUAAGCAUUUGCACCUGCUCAAUAUAAAGGUGGUUUUAACUGCAUUACUUGCAGUUUAACAGCUUAGUCCAACAGUUUUCAAUCUAGGGGUCGUGCACACCUUCAAAGGGAUGCAAGAUAAAAGAAGGUAGUAAAUAGGAAAAGUUCUGCAGCACAAGUCCAUCUUAAUUUUUUUGACUUUUCUCCAAUAUUUGCCUCUAAAGGUAAUUAAAAGACACCCUUUGAGACAUUUAAAGGUCAAAUCAGACUUUGGUGGAGGUUCUUCCAACUCGUAGACCGAUGAAACGAGACAAAGGCUUAUCCUGUGACUUUAUAAAUGUAAAAUCAGGAUAUGAAAUUAAGUUAUUGUCGUUACUUUCCACAACUGAUUGGAGAUCUGUGUGUCAGCAGACUAUCAGAAGAUCGCACUUACCCAUAGUGGCUUUACAUUAACCUACAUAAUGGCCUAUAAAAUACGUUUAGUUUACUUAAAAGCAUUAGAAACCGGGUUUUGAUAGAAAACCGCCACAACCUAAACAGCACACAUCGAUUACAGCGUUGAAUAAAGCUGUCAUCACAUCCAAACACUGAUAUAUGGGUUUUUGCAGACAGCUCGAGUACAAGGUAGAAAAUCAAAGAAAUGAAACCAAAUAGAUUCCCGUGCUUCGCCCUCUCACUGUGACAGUCAACAAUCUGUUCUGGACUUGAAUCCUGUUCAGUGUUUACUCAUCUCUCCUUGACAGCAGGACGAGACGCCAAUUAACUCCUGAAGAAGUUACACCAACCAGUAGUCGCUCAUAUCACUGAGGAGAUAUUAAUACUGUGAUCCCACACUUCAAAUUAACGACAAUGAGGCAGACGCAAAUUAAUAGAUUCUGCCAGGCUCAGGACAACAGCAGCUUUUUAAUCGAUGAAAACAGACACUGUGCAUCUCUCUUGCUUCUGAUCGCGAUUUUGGGCAAAGUAGCCGCUUUGCAUUUUAAUCACAUGAUUGAAACGCCGUCCUGUUCGCUGAGGAUGAACGACUUUCCGCUGAUUUUACCACAACUCCAAAAGAGCGACGAGACAAAGCAGGCGCCCGACAAAAAAAAUCAAGGCUAUAUGAUUAAUUCACGGUUGUUCUUUCAUCAAACGAGCGCUGGCCUCCCCAGCCUCGGCAACAGGUAACGCAGCAGGUGAAACGCUGCUGAAUGUGUGCAAUGUGUCGUACAGUCGACAGCUCACAGUGUUUCUAGUUGACAUUUUUCAGAUUUUUUUUCCCUCGCAUACAGAACAUUUUUCUCUCCUCCGUUAGCUGUUAGUUGCCUUUGUGUUGAAAGAUGUGUGGUGGAGCAGCAACGCCACAUUACAUGAAUCUGUCCAAUCUGAUGUGGCCCUUAACCCUCGUGUCGUCCUGCAGCUCAAAACUGACCCGGUUUAAAGUUUAAAAUGUGGAAAAAAAUAUAUUUUCACAGUGAAACUUCUCAUGUCCACAUUUUCAACAUUUUUGGGAAAUCUUUGAACAUUUUUUGGUGGAAAAAAACAAAUGUUAAAAAUGUUUCUUAAGAACAUUCACAAAAAAAACCAACUAAAAUCCAGUGGAUUUCGCUGGAUUUUGGUUGAUUUUUAUGUGAAUGUUCUUAAAGAAAAUAUUAGAAGUUUUACUGAUAAAUAUUUAAUCACUUUAGAUAUUUUUAGGAUUUUUUUGGAAGAUUUUUAUUCAUUUUUUGAAAAUAUUUACAAGAAUUUUCUUGCAUAAUUUGGGGUAUUUUUUGUUGUUUAAAUAUAACUUUUAAGGGAAACUUUCAAUUAAUGAAUUAUUGGAAUUUUCUUCCUGAAGGCUUUGCAAAUUUUCAGGAAUUUGGGGAAUUUUUUGCUGAAUUUUUGGAUUUUUUUUUCAGACAAGGAAACAGUAUUUUUUGGUGCCAGUAAAUGAGGACAACAGGAGGGCUAAAUGCUGUUUCGAAAGAGGGGGGAAAAAAAGAUCCGAAUUUAGCAUUUAAACUGUUUUGUCACGUGAUCUUGAUGCUGGUAAUCUGCAGGUACUUGUGAAAUAUAUUCCAGAUGUUGAAUCAUCAGAAAAAAAAACGAGAUAGAGAGAGAAAAAAAGCAUUUGCUAACUGUGUGAGUGCCUCGCAUCCUCAGCCGAGCUGGAGAUGUGUGAUCCAGGACAGCUGUAGAUUCGUGUUAAACACUCAGCCUUCCUGGGAUCCGGCAGGGUUUACCCCAGAUCUCCCAAUCCUCAGAGCGAUUUGACUUCAGCUCUGUUCUGUCUAAUGUUGAUGAGGAAGAUGUUGUGCUCGUCUCGCGUCAAAGAAAUGUGGAUGUAACAUUUAUUGACUUCUUGUUGUGUCACACUAGGGGUUACUAGCAAAAAAAAAGUAGAAAAUAAACCCUGACAAUCAGGUCUGUGAACUCCUUUUUUAAUGUAUCCUGUGUUGUCUCAGCUGCCCGUGUCUACGCAGAACCUUUCCAGGAAUUAAUCCCACCGUAGAGGACUAUGUUUUCGUUGCAUUAGGAGAUACAGUCGGUAACUCCGGGACAGAGAAUUAUUAUCAAGCAGCUCAUUUGUCCCACACUGCUGGCAGAGGAAAGAGAUCAACUUAACAAAGGCAUCAAAUCUUUUCCCAUUCAGAGAGCCCAGCUUGUUAGGUUAGCAGUAGGGUUCCCGUCCUGUGAAAGCAGCUAUUAAAGAUCUGUGGGACGUGCUCAAGAAUUAAUGAGGGCUGAGGCCAGAGAAAAAUGGCCUGGUUUCCUGGCUGCUGACCAAAGACACUGCUGCAGUCGUGUUUCCAGGCUGGUAAUCACAGUUCCUGGUUCAAACAGUGAAGGCACAAUUACUGUCAGCGUCUCCGGAGAGAUUUCUCUCCACUGGUGGUUAGCCAGGUACCAGGUCUACAAUUAUGAAAUAUCUAAUGGCGAGCUCUGCACAGGAAGGGAGCGGCUGAUUUAAUUACAAGCGAGCAAUCAUGACGACGUGGGUCACUUUUAAUUUCCACACAUGAGCACCACUCAUGUUCCUCUGGCAGGUACACAUGUAGCCAUCUUACUCUGUCCUGCAUGAACUGUAGCUCCAAAUCAUCAGGCACAAAAUGAACACAAGACAAGACAUAAUAACACACAUUAAAAAAAAAAAGCCUUGGUGGCCCCGACCACCUCAGUGCAGGUGCACUUUAGACACAGGAACAUGGAAUGGUCGGCACUGCACUCAUGAUGUAGCUCGUCUCCCUCAGGUUUUCUUUGCCGAUUCUUUUUCCUGUUCCACUUUAUUCCUCUUACAAAAGACUGCCUUAUUACAUCCGAAUCUGAAACGAGACAGUAAACGCGCUCUCCUCCCAGCUGUUUCUCAUCCCACACACACACACACACACACACACACACACACACACACACACACACACACACACACACACACACACACACACACACACACACACACACACACACACACACACACACACACACACACACACACACACACACACACACACACACACACAGCAGAUACACACUCUUCAUCCUAUUUUACUUUUCAAUUAUCCUUUGAUCCCCAAUCUUCUGUUCACUGUAACUAUGCUAGCUUUUGCUCUCUGCUCGUUGUGUAAUCAUGCAGCCAGAGAACUUAUUCCCACCUCCUCUUUUCUCUUCCACAAACCCCGACUCCUCCUCCUCCUCCUCUCUCCGUUUGGACUGUUUCCCACUUGUUGCAUGGAUUUUAAAAGAGGAAGGAUGAUGGGGAGCUAAUGCAUGUGGUAAUGUAGGAAAUGUGUUUUCAAAACAAACAUUUACAGCGUAGCACCAGUAAAACUCUGCCUCUGGCUCAUUCCUGCCGUCAGUUUGCAAAAGCAGAGACGCUACGGGACAAACAUUUGUUUCAUUUGUACAUUCAGAUAUUAUACAUUUGCUUCCCAGUGGCAUUAGAAACAACCUACAAGAUAAACUGUUUUUACAUCAUAAUCCAUCAUUGCAAUCAUAAAGCAAAGGAAAAAUUAAUCUAAAUUACUUAAUAUUACUGAAAACUAAUUCAUGUCUCACAUCAACGUUGGCUAAAAAACAAAAACAAGGAAUUUGUUUGCUGUCCUUUGCUGCUUCUUUGAGCUCAGGAAGUUAUUUUGAACGUUGAAACAAAGAGGAAACUUCCUGAUUACUGUGUAAUGGUCUUGAAAAUACGGUAGACAAUCAUCUUAGACACAAAAAUAACACUGAGCAGGUGUUGAGUAUCAAAAACACAACAGACUCGGAGGAUCUUUUCCAUUAAAGAUUGUGCAGAUUUUUCUUUUCAAUCACUGACUGGGUUGUGGCAUGUGAAGCCAAUCAGGUACCAUUCUGACUUUUAUAUUAGUUGCGGAUGAAUAGUUGAAAAAUGAACUCAAGGAAAGAUGUGAAGGAGAAUUUGUGGGGACAUCUGAGAGAAUCUGACACUUCCAGAGGUCGUCAUGCAGCGUUGGCUGUUAACACGCCUCUGCUCUGAAUGGAGCUUUGUUUUCAAAUGUUGCUGCCCCAAGGAAUUGUUGGACAGCGUCAUUUCCUUUUGUAAAGGACGGACCGGUGUAUUCUCCUCUAGAGGAAGCACCGAAACACCUUUAUUUGCAUUUAGAAUCUUCCACCUGUUCUCAUCACGGCUGCUACUGAGUGACAUCCAUUUCAUUUAGUCAGUUAACAACCAUCCCAAUCAAACAACCUCAACUCAGGUUUGUAUUGACUUUAAUGGAAAAGAUCUUCCUUGGUGUUAACUAACCUGCUUCAUGUAGUUUUGUUCUUAAAUCACUGAAUCUCAACAUUCUUUGCGAAACACAUUUUUGCUGAGCUGGAACUAAAUAUCCAGGUUUGGUCUCUAAUACAGGGUAUGUAGGGUUUACAGAAACAAAUGUCUAGAAAUAUUAGACAUCCUAUAAUAAGUGUAUCUUCGUCUUCAAAGUUAGAUUUAGUUGCACAAAUGUGUGCAGAUGGACUAAAUAAAAGGACAACCUGUUGCAUCUUCUGAGUGCAAACCCUGCCAGCAAUGAGCCAAAAGCAGACUGUGACUGGUGCUGACCUGAAAGGAGAUUAUUCUGUCUGUCAGUAAAUGUACAGUUACCUUUACAUACAUAUUAUGCAAACAGAGUUUGUCUGCACUGUACAGUUUGUGUCCAAUCCAUUGUAUACACAGAAAAUAAUGAUAUUGAAUAAAGGAUUUAUAGAAAGGAA